AUGCAUUCUGAACAUACAACUGAUCUAUCAAUUCUUUACUCAAAUUUAAAAUCUCAUCCAACCAAUCAAGAAUAUGUUGUAUUAAUCAAAACGGGUUCUCUGAAUCCUGUUCAUCGUUGUCAUAUAUCAAAUAUGGUACGAACUAAAGAAUACUUAGAACAAGUACAUAAUUUUAAUGUUAUUGGUGGAUAUAUAUCACCGACACAUGAUGAAUAUGUACAUGGUAAAUUAAGAAAUGAACUUAUUAGUGGUCAACAUCGUAUUGAAAUGUGUCGAAAAGCUAUUGAAGAAGCUGGUCAACAACAUUGGUUGAGUGUUGAUAUGGCUGAAUGUAUGGGUCAAACAUUUUUUUUACUAGCUCCUGGAUUCAUCAAUCUUAAACGUGUGACAUACAGCCUUCAAACGUUUAUCAAUGGAAAAUUAAAUUUAUCAAAACCUGUUCGGGUUAUUUAUGUUGCUGGUCUUGAUUUAUUUAAUCGUUGUAAUGGUAUGAAUGGAAUGAGAAAACCUCCGAUGGAUGAUGUUGCUGUAGUUUAUCGUCCAAGUCAAGAUGAUAGUUUUGUAAGAUCAACACAUGUACAAGUUGAUUCCAAUAUAUUUUAUGUUUGUGCUAAUGAUGAUGAUUUGGAUGCAUCAAGUUCAGAUAUGGAUGAUAUUAGUUCAACAUUAAUUCGAAAAAUAACACAAAUAGAUGAAUCAUUAGCAUUGAUACAAACUCCAUCAACAACACAACGUAGAUUUCGUUCAUUACAAUUUAUUAGUAAAUAUAAAGGAAGUGAAUAUCGAUGUUUAUUUCAUUUUGGUUUAACAAGUCUUGUUCGACAUAUUAAUGAUAAUGAAUUGAAAAAUCUAUUAUUUUCAUUUGUAUCAGCAAUUAAUCUUGCAUCUUCGAAUUAUGUAACAGUUGAAACUAUUGAAAUUGUUGAAAAAUUAUUAAAUUAUUUCGUUCAACGCUUUCAACAAAUAUCUGGUAUACGUCAUAUGAGUUCUAAUAUUCAUUCUUUAUUACAUGUACAUCAAGGUUUAAGUGUAAUGGGACCAUUAUGGUUUUAUUUAACAUUUUCAUUUGAAGGUAUUGAUAAAGAUUUGGUUAGCACAGUUCAUGGUACAACUGAAUUUGCUAAACAACUUAUUCGACAACACAUUUUAUAUCGCGAUUCUCUAGUUCUUCAUAAACAUGAAUCUUAUCCAUUGAUAUUGUUUACAUUCAAUGAAGAAUUACUUGAUCGAAAACAAUCAAAUAUUCAUUAUAAAAAUUUUGUUGACUCAUGUUUUUUAUCUAAUCCAGUAUCUAAAGAUUUAUAUGAUACAAGUGAAAAUGGUAUAGCCACACGUGUACAAUCACUAUUUAAUGAUGGUUUAAUUUUCUAUCAUUCUUUGAUAAUAUCAGGUGUUUUAAUAAAGACUACUGUAACUGCUUACGGAAAAUUAGUUGCUGACAGUUGUAUCUCAUUCAGUUUUGCCGAUGAUCAAGUAAAAUAUGGUCUUAUUCGAGCAAUUGUUCAAUCAAAAAAAAACACCCUUCGUCUUUUCAUCGAAGAACUUGUGGAAAUUAAACCUGGAGCAUCAAAAAUUAAGUUUAAUAUUUCUAAUGAUCAAUAUCAAAUACCUUAUAUUUUACAAUUAAAACCAUCAAAAAUUUUCCAUCUGAAGCAUCCAAAACUUAUUUUGAAAAAAAAACGCUUGUAUAUGUGA